AGCGCAUUCCUGGGUAGUCCUCAGCUGCCAGCAUCUGAUUAAAACCAUAUCGCUCGCUGUGAGUGGCUAACUAAUCUGCAGGCGAUAGUGCAACAGAAUAUUUAACCGGGCCCGCGGUCCCAGUCAGGCUACCAGCUACGGUCACUGGAUCAUGCUCGGAGCUGCACGGAUCUAACCCCAAACAUAACUGGCCACCGUUCCAUCAUGUCUACCGAAGCUGAAACGACUACCACCACCACCAACAGCCAGCCUGAACAACAGGCUCCACCUAAAGCACAGUCUUCAAAGAAAGAAAAAAAGAAAGGGCCAGAAAAGACAGAUGAAUCUCUCUUGGCUAGAUUCAAAGGUGAUGGUGUAAGAUACAAAGCAAAACUGAUUGGCAUUGAUGAUGUCCCAGAGGCAAGAGGAGACAAAAUGAGCCAGGAUUCAAUGAUGAAGCUGAAGGGAAUGGCAGUGGCAGCCCGUUCCCAGGGUCAACACAAACAGAAGAUCUGGGUAAACAUCUCCCUCUCUGGUAUCAAGAUAAUAGAUGAGAAAACUGGGGUUAUAGAGCACGAACAUCCAGUAAACAAAAUCUCCUUUAUUGCUCGAGAUGUAACAGACAACCGUGCUUUUGGUUAUAUAUGUGGAGGAGAAGGCCAGCACCAAUUUUUUGCCAUAAAAACAGCACAACAGGCUGAGCCUCUAGUUGUUGAUCUGAAGGAUCUCUUCCAACUAAUAUAUAAUAUGAAGAAGAAAGAAGAAGAAGAAAAUAAAAAGAGUGAAGAAGCAAGCAAUACCGAGAAUGGUGGUGAAGCUGAUCAAGCUGAAAAAAUGAAACUGGUAGUUGACCAGAUGGACUUGUUUGGGGAUAUGUCAACACCUCCUGAUAUGAGCAGUCCCAUAGAAGCUAAAGAGAUUCUGUUAGUGGACCUUAAUUCUGAAAUUGAGACCAAACAAACUUUUGCAAAAGAGGAUCUCUUCUUGAAUGGCAUCACAGCCUCUCUUCCACAACCAAAGGCACAGCCACCCUUCUUGCCUGAGAGUUCUUUCCCUACCAAUCUCAGCUUCUUUCCCACACCUAAUCCAGACCCUUUCAGUGAUGAUCCUUUCACACAGCCAGAACAAUCUGCACUGCCUUCAUUUGAUUCUCUAAUAUCUGAUCAGAAGAAGGAAAAUCUGAGUCCCUUGAAAUCAGUGGGUAAUGGUGCUUCAAAUGGUAAUGCUGACUACUUUGGUAAACAGUUUGACCAGAUUUCUAAUAGAACUGGCAAACGAGAAGCACUAACAAGCCAGUGGCCACUUGAGAAUGAGUCGCCUGCAGCAAGAGCUCCAAAUGGGGUACCAGACAGAGAACAGAACAACUUUCUUAAAGUCCCAUCAAACCGGCUUGUGAAUGGUCCUUCCAAAGGAUUAUCUCUGCAGAACGGAGUAAAGCUGGAUUCUGAAAACAAUAUGCAUUUCAUGACACACGAGUCUAUAACAAUUAGCCCACCACCACAGAGUACCAAACCAGGAAGAGGAAGGAGGUCUGUCAAGACUGCAGUGAAUGACUUAUUCAGCUCAGACUUCUUUCUGCCAACUACAGAGACCUUUACCUUGAGCUCAGUGCCACAAACAGGACCUGCUGUAACUAGUACGCUGGACCUCUUCACAGCACACUCAGUGGCUGGUCUAGGUGGCUUGCCAGUAACUUCAUCACCAUGGACUACACAGACGCAUUCCUUCUCUCAAACUACAUCAGUCUUUCCUGGAUCUGUGAUAAGUGCUCAGCCUACAGGAUUUACCCAAUCACUAGCAUUUGGUACUCAAGCAGUGCCAGGCUGGAACCAAUCUGCAUCUUUUGGUCCAGCGGCCACUCAGUCUUCUGGUCUCUGGCCACAGCCAACACAAAUUUCACCUAGUCCUUGGCCACAGCCAUCCAGUGCUGCAAAUCCCUUCCAGAGCAGCAUGUUCGCAUCUUCACCACUACCUCCUCCAUCACCACCUGUACUGCCCUCCCUGUCAGCAACACCUCAGCCACCACCCAGAACUCCAACACAGAAGGAGCCAUCCAAGAAAGAGAGUGAUGCUUUCAUUGCUCUGGAUCCACUUGGGGAUAAAGAGAUGAAGGAUGUCAAGGAAAUGUUCAAAGACUUCCAGCUGACAAAGCCACCUGCAGUACCAGCAAGGAGAGGAGAGCAGCAAAGUCUUUCAGAACCACCAAAGCCUGUUCCUCGACAAAGUGCACUGCCAGCUGAUGGUCUAUUUGAAAGUCAAGCUAAAACAGAUCUUUUCAGUCCCUCAUCCGAUUCUCAGAAACUACAUUCUGAUCCUUUUGGGGAUAAUUUUGGCAACCCAUUUGCGUAGAUCAGGUGUAACCAUAAAAGGACAAAUGGAAUAACUGGACCUCUUUUCAACAUGAUUUUUCUACAUGUUUCACUUUGCUGUCUGUCACUCUUGCUGCUGUUCCAUGAUGUCUGCAAUCUAAAGCAUAUCCAGGGGGAUUGAAGCAUGAACACUCAAAGAACAUGCUGUGAAGAUGAUAAUUCAGGGCAAAGCAAAUGGGGAUAUUGACUCACGCUGGAAACCCAAAUUCGUAUUGGUGGAUGUUAACUUUACUUUAGUUCUUUGCAAACCUCUGUAGAAGAGCUUAGCAGAACUGAGUCAUGUGUCUUGUAAAUAUGAUCAUUUUUCUUUUAUGUAGCACUUACUGUCCCAAAAUAUAGGAACUUAAUGUACCUGGGGAAGAGGUGGUACCUGCACCUAAGGAUGUUGAAUUAGUAGCUAAACUCCACACCUUAAACAGCUGCGUCUGUUGCCUAUUAUCACAGCAGCAGCCAGUUGUAAAGUUAAGUGGAUGCUACUCAGUUCUAGUUGGUGACUGGACACAUUACUUGGUCUCUUAGCCACAAAAAUUUAACUGUAUGUAGAGGAAAAGAGUCUAAUACUAGUCUAUUUCACUAGAAGUAAAAUUAUCAUUCUGCCAUAAAUGUUUAAUAAAGGGACUGCGGGGUCUGUAACAGCACUGCUGAAGCCCUUAGUAUAGAGGCCUACACUGUAGAGUCAGAUAAGCAGAAAAACUUCUUGCAGAACUUUGAGGUAGUUGCGGACACUAACAGUUGUCUUGGUGCUAAUAUGGCAUUUUGCAGGGAGGGAAACCUAAUAAGAUUACUUCACUAUUAAGGAUAGCUUGGCAGACAAAUGGAACAAGCAGGUAGGCUUCUUGCUUAUGUCUCAGUGAAUGUUGCUGAUGUUGCUCAGUUUGAGUUGUCACAUGGUGUAGCAUAGCAUGUUUCCAUUAUGUUAGAAAGCAAAAAGACAAUAAUGGCUUCACUCCAUGCCCAGACUCCUUGAGAAUGGAUGCACCACCUCUUGCCAUUAAUAUGAGUUAAUACUCUUGAAAAACAUGUCUUUCCUCAAGAACCUCUUUACUAACAGAUUUUUAAAUCAGUUAGUUACAACUGACUGUAACAGCUACAUUCUUGGCCAGUGGUGAUGACUGAUGUGUCAGAGGUUUUUCUGUUAAUAGUAAGUAUAAACUUGAAAUGAUGUUGUUAAAUCAAAUGCGUUAGUACCGAAUUCAGACAUUUACUCAAAUUAGUCUUGUAUAUAAACCUCUCUUGCACUUUCUGCAAUGAAAAAAAAAAAAAAAGGCACAAAUUUAAAUAUUCGUCUCAAACUGGAAAUGUAGAAACUUAUGGAUGUUACACUGUUAUAUAAACUGUAGUAUCUCAAGUGAUGUUACUUAAUGACAUUAAACAGAAGCAACUCUUCAUACCAAA